AUGAUGAUCGCUGACAUCCUCACCAAGGCAAUUCCGCGGGAGCAAUUCGAGACCCUGCGAUCCAAGUUGGGGAUUGAAGAUGGAACCACGCACAGCGUGAACAUGGACCACGAUUUGAGUGGAGUAUGA